AUGCUCCCUGCCGCCGCACGUCCCCUCGCCAGGACGGCCACCUUGGCUGCUACUAGAGCCUCCGCCGCUCUCGCCAACCGCACCGCCACCCUCACCACCUCUGCCUCCUCCCUCCACAACAAGGCAGACCCCGCCAUCCCCGGCGAUCCCACGGGCUUUUUGCCCGGCGACAAGAUCACCGGCGAGACCCAGAUCGGCUCCUACCCCAACUUGCCAAUGUACAACCAGCAAUGGCGUGAUGCCACCCCUUCUGCAGGGUACUGGGAUCUUCAGGAUCGUCGCAACUUUGGUGAGACUGUCCCUGAGGAGGAUGAGGUGUUGAACAUCUGGUCCCCCGACGUCUGGGACUUCCCUGCCUCCGUCGGAGUCAAGGGUCUCUUGGCUGCUGCCGCCGCCUUCCUCGGUUUCGGAUACUUGCUCGUCAAGACCCAGCCCGAGCCCCACUUCACCCGCCGCAACUACCCCCACGAUGGACUCUUGGAGUCUUUGGGCGUUGAUGCUUCGGACGAGGUCAUGGUCGAGAAGAGAGGUGCACGCGCGUAA